GCCAGCACCGGUCCAGCUCCCAGCCCAGCAUGGCAUCUCCGCUGCCCGUCUGGACUUUGCCCUCGGUCCUGGUUUUGCUGGAUGUCCUGGCCCCAGGGGCUGCAGACUUCAACAUCUCAGGCCUCACUGGCCUGCUGUCCCCGGCGCUAACGGAGAGCCUGCUGGUUGCUCUGCCCCCUUGUCACCUCACGGGAGGCAAUGCGACGCUGAGGGUCCGCAGAGCCAAUGACAGCCAAGUGGUGAAGUCCAGCUUUGUGGUGCCUCCGUGCCGCGGGCGCAGGGAGCUGGUGAGUGUGGUAGACAGUGGGGCUGGCUUCGUGGUCACUCGGCUCAGUGCAUACCAGGUGACAAAUCUCGUGCCAGGAACCAGAUACUAUGUUUCCUACCUGGUGACGAAGGGGACAUCCGCAGAGUCUAGCAGAGAGGUCCCAAUGUCCACGCUUCCUCGAAGGAACGUGGAGUCCAUUGGGCUGGGAAUGGCCCGCACAGGGGGCAUGGUGGUCAUCACCGUGCUGCUCUCUGUCGCCAUGUUCCUGCUGGUUGUGGGCUUCAUCACGGCCCUGGCACUGGGCGCCCGCAAGUGA